UCUUCAGACUUGGACCGUACGGGGGAUGUUAAUUUCUUUUCCCUCGUAAGUGGGUGCUUGAAGUCUCCUGAGCUACCGAUCCGUAUGGGGUGUCGCUAGAAGCCCCCCUGCGCUUUCGAUAACGACCAAACUUCACAAAAGAGGGAAUAUUUGAACAAUUGGAUAUUGUGUAUCGCUGAAAAGGAGCAAAUUUUAAUAUUAAGUGUAAUCGUCAAAUAAAGAAAAUCCUACACAAAGGCAUCGCCGCACGGACAUUCGUCUCUCUCCCCCCUCAAAAACAGGGAGACAACGGUCGCCCUGUAUAGACUGCUAAUCAAAAUUAAGCUGCCAGAGGCCAGGUUUCACAGCAGUAACCAGUUUACAGGAAUGGGAGAAUGGACGGAAAAGCUAAAUCUCCACAUCCCUCUGGUAUCCCAGUCCCGCGUCGGAUUCGGAGAAGUGCCUCCCAACCGAUACCCCCAAGAAUGUCCAGGAAGGACCAGUUUAAUGGUCAGCUAACGGACCACAGGGACCAGUCAUGGGAUAGCGGCUCCGUUGAAGGUAAAGGAGCCACCUCUCCAUCGGGGACACGGUUGGGGAACACAGAGAAACGUCUGUUACAGUCUGUUGAUGGACUGGGUAGAACAAACUCCCGGAAAGGAAGAGGGUCGGAAAGUCCUGUCUUGAGGCAGUCCAGAUCCUGUGAUAAAUUAGCUAAAAGGCAACCUCCAGGAUCUUUCGAUGCCAGUGAUGAAAACCAAAAUGAAGGAAGAUUUUGUACAGAGAAUGUCUCUGUAAAAGCGGCUGUGUGCAUGUUUGGUGGCGAGGCUAAAAUUCGGAAACUGCCAACACCCGACAGGACAUUCAAGAAGGAUGCUGCUGAGAAUGCAACAUCAUCACCAUUCUCAGACAAUGCGGAAAAUUCAGAUGAGAAACUCAAUAUUCAGGAGACAGAUGUAAAGGGCCAAGCUAGCGAUAUGGAUUACACCAUCAGUGGGACUAUAUCCCCUCUGCCUGGAAUUCACGAAAGUUCGGGAAAGAGAGGAACGGAAAGUAAGAUUUCUUUUGUGUUUGGACGACCCCCAUCACCUACGAGUCGAUGCAUGUCCCCGCCUCAGGAAAAUCAUGUCCACGCUGUCGCUCGCAAAGGUCCAGGACCUCCUUCUAGGUACAGGGGCCGGAACGGUAAGCCGCCAGUUUACGUACCUCCCAAUAAGUCUGCUAAAGUGCCUUACCUAGCCAUUGUAGGGAUGAUUGGGAACCCGGGACUGCAGUGCUGUGACCAGUGUGUGGCCUGUCUGGUGGACCUGAAGCAACAAGCGCUUCACCUGAUGAACUCCGAGGGUUUUCUGAAGAAGACCACUUCUAAGAGUUUUGCAGUGGAGAGAAUCGGGGAGCACCUACAGAUUCCUGAUGCAUGUAGGCAGUUUCAGCAGGGUCUCUGUAAUGUUUGUGACACAUCUAUUGUCCAGCUGAAGCGAGAGGUGACAGCUAUGGUCCAGAGCAUCCACCAGGCUCAGACAGAAUCCCCGGUCCAGUCUGGUCACGUCAUCACACAGCAACCCAGCAACAGAUCGUUGAAGCCGAAGUCUCAAGGAAGCCCAGUAACCAGUGGAGGAGGGGGCCCCCACAAUGGACCUCUGGAACAGCCCCACCUGAGCAACCACCUCUCCAGGAUCAAUCAGAUGCUAGCACAGCAGCGGGCCAGUGCUUCAGGAACAAAGUCAUUCCCUGAAAACUUAUCCCAGGUUAUGGAGCACUCCAUGAUGUAUCCGGGAUCUCCUCACUCUGUGACGCCCAGUCAAGUCCGACAGCAGAAUAUGCAUUCAAACUCUAUACACAGUGCCGAAAUGGGACAUUAUAAUCCUCCUAUGCAAGCAGGCCACAGUCCCUACCACGCGCAGCAGUACCCUCGCGGUGUGCACACCUCCCCCCAUAAUUACCCCAACCAGCCCUAUAGUGCUCAACAUGUGACCCCCGGGUCUCCUUAUCGGGGACAACCCACAGGAACAGUGUAUCAUAUGAACCAGUAUCCGGACCCGGUGCAAAGUCCUCAGUAUUCACAUCUACAGUAUUCAGUGACGGGAACUCAGUAUGGCUCCCCUGUGAUGAAUUACUCUGUGCCUUCCUCCCCCAUGUCUCCUGUGCCCCACCACGCACGAGCGAUGUCGCCCCCUCAAGUGAUGUCUCCCCCUCAUGCAAUGUCACCACCCCCAUUUUCUAGAGUCUCCUCCCCGGGGUCAGUUUCCAGCCAGCAGUCAGCAGCGGCUUCUUUUUUUGCACGGGCAGCACAAAAACUUGGAAAGAAGAAAAAGAGGCACCAGCAACAGGAGCCCGACCUACCACUGUACCCCACCAAAUACAACGAGGUCAUCAAGAACACCCCACCACCCGCCCCACCAUGUCUCUUGAGGGCCGCCGGGCGACUCCAACAGCCAGGAAUAGGAAAGGUCAAGGUCAUGUUGAAGAUCUGUACUGAAGGCUCACACUCGGAGCAAGCACAGUCCUGUUUAUCCAUUGACCCACGAAAGAAACAGGUCACUGUGUUUGACCCUUCCACUGUAGGGGUCACCCUUUCCUCCCACCGUAGGGCGACACCUGUGGCCCCCAAGAUGUUUGCCUUUGAUGCAGUGUUUUCACCUGAUGACUCUCAGACUGAGAUUUGCUCCAGCAGCUUGACAGAAAUUAUCCAAGGUGUUGUCAAUGGAGCUGAUGGCUGCCUUUUCUCCUAUGGAUAUUCUAGACAAGGUAAAUCGUAUACCAUGAUGGGGAAUGAUGUGUCCGCCCAGUCCCUGGGGAUCAUGCCUUGUGCCAUCGCCUGGUUGUUUCGCCUCAUUGAUGAACAGAAGGAAAAGACGGGAGCCAGAUUCUCUGUCAGAGUUUCAGCAGUGGAAGUAUCAGGAAAGAACGAACAGUUGAAAGAUCUACUGGCUGAUGUGGCAAAAUAUACAGAAGCAGGAGUGGGAACAGCCCCUGGUGUCUAUCUGAGGGAGGAUCCCAUUUGUGGGACACAAUUGGAAAACCAGAGUGAACUGAGGGCCCCUACCGCAGACAGAGCGGCUUACUAUCUGGAUGCUGCCCUGGCUUCCAGAGCACAAGAUGAUGAGGAGUUGAGGUCUUCACACAUUGUAUUCACCCUCCAUGUGUAUCAGUACAGGAUAGAGAAAGCAAACCAAGCCGGACUUCCAGGAGUGGCAGGAGGUAGGAGUCGACUUCAUCUGAUUGACCUUGGCAGUUCCUCUAAGUCCAAAGACCCUGACAAUGUGUCGCUUAGUCUCUCUGCAUUGGGAAAUGUCAUCAUGGCACUACUUAAUGGCCAACGACAUGUUCCUCACAGAGAUAGCAAAGUGGCCCAGCUGUUGAGAGAUUCACUUGGAGGAGUUUCGUGUCGGACUUGUAUGCUUGUCCAUGUCUCUUCUGCUGUAAGUCAUCAUAACGAGACUCUACAGGUCAUUCAGCUGGCAGCCCGUAUUCACAGAAUGAGGAGGAGAAAAACAAAGUUUUCAAGUACAAGUUCAGAUGACAGUUCCACGGAUGAUGGAAGACUUAGAAGGCCAUUUAAGGGGUGCAGAAUGGGGACCCUAAGAGAAGACAUACUGUACCACUCUUCACACUCUGACCCUGACUAUUAUACCUCUAGCAGUGAACAGUCUUGUGAUACAGUAAUUUAUGUUGGUGCUCACGGACAAUCUCUCAGUGAUCGGGAAAUAACAGACAAUGAAGGACCACCAAGAUCUGUUCCUAGAACAAAUCCAAGAUUACCCCGGAGACCAAGUGGCUCCAGAUCAUCUGGAGAUGAAGGAUCAAAUUCAGACAGUGGAAGAAGUCGUGCUUCUUCAGAUUUUAGAUAUGGAAGAGCGGCAUUGAUUCAAAAGGAGAAUUUUAAUGUGAAUAGAAUAAUAUCUCCCAGAUUCCACCCCCAGCCUGCCAUAGCCGUGUCGACCCCUUCUGUAGUUAGAGAUGUCAGCGUUGUGCAAACCCAUGCCAAAUCACCACCAGUUUCACCUAUUGUUGGGCCUGUCCAACAUCCACUUAAAUCCCAAACUCGUUCCAGAUCCCAGGAUUCACCUCAAAGAUUGAUAGUGAAGGGACCCCCUUCAGAUCAAUUGAAAGGAGAGCAGUGGAUUGAUGGACCAGGGAUCUAUUCAAAGAGCAAACAGGUGGAGGAGCAGUGGAUUGACGGACCACAUGCAUUUGUCAAGCAAGAACUUGUCAAUACACUGGACCCAGCCAAUAAGCAUUUGUUCAAUCCUAAAAUGAAUGCAGAGGAACAGUGGGUAGAUGGCCCCAGAGAAAUGAUAGCCGAAUCUAAACUGCAAAACCGAGAAGCUAAAGUCAGUCAUUCUAAAGCAACUGUGCACAGUAGCUGUAAAGGAGAUAAACACUCAAAGCACAAAAGACCAUUGCUUGAUAUCAAAGAUCGACCGGAUAGUACAUUAAGUGAGGAUAGCAGUUCAUCUCUGACUGUGCAAGGCCCAGACUCCAGACCAGUAAGUUUACAUGAACCAGAGGAUAAACCAGAUGCACCCCAGCAAAGUGUGAAGCCUUUUGUGCGCGACUGGGUGCAAAAACAUAGUGCAAUUGCUGACAAUAGUAGUGCUCCUAAGAGAGAAGAUCGAUCUGAAACUGCUGAAACACCAUGUAAAAUGAAAAAGCCAAAACCAGAGUCUCAUCGUAAACUGAGUGCUUCUACACCUAAACAGUCUCCCCUUAAUUCACCAUGUGCUCCAAGGAAAACAAAGUGUGACUCGCAAUCAAUUGGUAAACUGCAAAAGUCACAUUUGCCCACCCCUCAAAAUCCAACUAAACGAGUUAAGGACUGGAUACAGUCUGUAUCACUGGAGCAGACACAAUCUAAUUGUGAAAACUUUGUUUCUGUAAAUGACUUCUGUAGUGAUCUCCCUGUGAGGACAUCUGAAUUGAAUACGUCUCAGGAUGUGUCUUCUUGUAGUAGCAUUCAGUUGGAAACAACAGCUGAAAUGGACUCUCAGUGUGAAACUACCAUGAACACAGCUCCUUGCAGCAGUGAUGGUCGACCGGAUGAAAUGGCAGAGUGCAACAUUGGAGACAUUAGCUUUGACAGUAGUGUAGAUGCUGGUGAAAACACUAAUUCGCUCCACAGAGAAUCAAUCUACGAAAUGCAAAUGGAUGCCCAACUUGAAAAGAGUGACGUGAAAAAUGUUGACAUCCCAGAUAAUGAUACGUUUAGUAGUGUCAGCAAAGACGAUGACUCGGAUUGUGAAAAUGAACCACUCCUUGCUAAAGAGUUCAGUAUUCCUCAUUCAUUAACUGCUGAAAGUUUAAAAACUCUUGUUGCAGAGCCAAUUGCUGAAGAUGAGCAAAAACUUGUGCAGGGUCAGUCUUAUCAAAGCAGUGAAAUUAAUCCCAACAUCAAAGAAAGCUUAUUCAUUUACGAUAAGGCAAAACCUAUCUCUUCCCUACAUCGUAAACCAGAUGGUGCUUCAAAUCCAAAUUUAGUCAAUGAACUUGAUUAUCAAGACAGAAUUGAUGUGAAUUUUAUUAGAGGAGAAUAUAUCAUCAACCAAGUGCAACAUAUUUCUAGUCAGAAUGUAGAUAUUUACCAGAAAGCUACCUCAGUUUUGAAGUAUGAAGAACCUGAUUGCCGAAAAUCAAAGUCUAAACCCCCUCUUCCAAAACCCUCAUGCAAGUCUCAUAGUGCCAGUCCUUCCCGCUGUAAGGAUAUUAGUCUCAGUCCUAAAUCUACUGGGUCAUAUUCAAGUCGAACAUCUUCACCAGGAAGUCAUGUUAGCCGUACAAAAGAAAAGUCUCGUCAGAUUUCAACGUCUUCAAUGUCAUCUCAGUCUUCUCUUCCCAUUGCCAGUAGCCCAUCUUCUAAGUCCUCGAAGUCUCCAUCACCAAGUAAGCUUCCGAUUUUCUCCAGCAAAAGUUCGCGCAAGAAGGACAAGGAGUACAAAGUCGGAAACGGUCGAGUAGUAGAGCUGAAUACAUCCAACAGAGGAACAGAUUCCGAUAGUGGUAACGACAGUGGUAUUGUUGCACAUGAAAAGAAAUUGCUUUCUCCAUACAGCACCGUCACAAAGCCUCGCACCCCUAGCCAUUCUAGCAGUGGACAUGGAAGUGACAAUAGCAGCACAGUCAGUGCUGACCUGAGGUCCCAGCUAGGAAUCAAAGACAAACUUCUGACUGGUGGAACCAGCAGUGGGUAUGAGAGCAUGCUAAGAGACAGUGAAGAGGCCUCAGUGACGUCAUCUGGUCAGGAGGAAAGCACUAGUGAAUCCCCAAACGAUAAAAAGAAAGGAUCCAAGAAAAAGAAGUCAAGUACAAAACGUAGUCGUUCAGCACCUGCGAGAUCCAGUGAAAGUCCUGAUGGCAAGGGGUCCGUGAUAUUAAGUCCCUCAUCAAAGGCAUGGGUGGAUACGAGACAGAUUCAGAGAAUCAAAGAGGAACCUUUUGAGAUCAAGUUAUACGAUAUGGACGACGUGGAAAGGCUUGCUAGAAGAAGAAAUGAAGAAGAGGAAAAUGAGUCUAAAAAAGAAAAGGGAACAAAACAUGGUAAACCUAUGGAACUCAUUGACCAUAAAGAUCAAAUUGUGAUGGAGAACAGACACUGGAGAUUUGACUGUCGUUUUUUCAUGUGUUUCUGUCGUAACAAACCUAAACAAACAGAUGUUUAGGUUGACAAUAUCCUUGCCAUACUAUUCUGUAAACUUAAUUCUUGAAGUGCUUUAAAGAAGAACAAAGGAAUUAUGCAUUUAGUAUGAUUUUUUGAAAACAUUUUAAUAUCAUUAUGCAUUGUACAUUUUGUACAUAGUCUUUAUUUAUACAUAUGAACUGCGUGUAUUUUGACAUGCACUUGAAAUGUAAAAAUUUUGUACAUUUGUAAAAUUAUAUGCAGUUUUCCCCUUUGCAAUAGUUUAUGCAUGGUAGACUUUGGGAAUAUACUGGAGAUGCAUGACAUCUACUUGAUUGUAUACUACUGUGGUAAUAAAUAAAUAUAUUUCUAACUUUA